AGGUAACUUGCUCUGGCGUUAGUUGCUGGUUGAACUCUCCAGGAAAAAGGUGAGAAGGUUGUCCAGUCUCCAAGUCUAACCAGCUUCGGAAGGGAAGAUCCUUGACACGACUUCAGAAUGGAGUUAAUACCGGUUGUCGUCAUGGCUGCCUUCCUGGCUACUCUAGGACAAUCCCAGUUUACACCUACAUUGACGGUCGACAGUUGUACAGCAAGCAAGCUCAGGCUGACGUUAGAGAACGCCGCGGACGGCGGGAUCAUCUACAUCCAGGGACAGACAUCCGCUUGUAAACAGACAACCAGUUCUUCGUCUACCGUACACGAGUUCGACUUCGCCUCAUGUGGUAUAUCGUGGGCGAGUUCGUUUAAGAUGAUCGUCCAGAAGAAGGCGCUGUAUCAGACCGGGGACGACAAACAGAUCCCUAUCAUGUGUAUCAUGGAUCUCGCAGACCUGACUGUCGCCAACAAUGUCAACGCCUUGGACAAAGAUGACGACAACGGUCAGAAUUUGACCGUGAAGCCGACAGCUUCCAUGAAGUUGUACCGAUCUGGAAUCGACAUCGACAUCGGCAGCAGCGUCCAGCUUACAGACUCCCUUACGAUGAGCAUCGAACUGGACGCCGAGUUCCGGGCUGACUUUGACAUCAUCGCUAAGGACUGUACCGCAUCAACUAUAACGAUCGUAAAUUCCGCGUGUGCUACCGACGUUGACCUGUUUCCGGAUUUCACCAAGCCUGAACAGGGCUACCUUGUCGGCAGUUUCGGGACCUUCCGAACGACCGACCUCAACGGGGGAUCUGUUGCCAUGACAUUCUCGUGCACUUUGACCGUGUGUGCAAAUAUGUGUUCCCCGACCGCCUGUCCCAGUGGUAACGGUUAUGGACGUAAAAAACGAGGAAUCUCGAAGAGACAAGCCAACCCCUCUCCCGCCAUUGAUGACAUCAGCGUUGGUACCACCGUUACCAUAGCAGCAGAAGAGGUCAUCCUUGAAGCCUCUGAAGACGACACCGAUAUCUGUAUAAAUAAGGCAGGAUUCGUCGCAGGUAUCAUCGGCCUUUCAUCUUCUCUGCUUAUCGCAUGUGUCAUGGCUAUCUUCAUGGCUAGGAAACUCCAGACAAAAAUGAAAGCUCUCACUUAAGCCAAUGGCACUGGCAUGGCGUCAGAUGCAAUGGGAUGCAAUCUAACCAAUAUAGCUUACAGAGAAAAAUAAAUAAAAAUAUUUAUAAACAA